AUGAGUGAAACGAAGGAGAAAUUUGAACUAGAUGAUGUUCUGGAUAAAUUUGGUGUUAUGAAGCGGUAUCAUUUAGAAAAGAUGAUAUUAAUUUUUAUAGCUUUCCUUGUUAAUGAAGUUCAUUAUACCAAUUAUAUUUUCGCAGCUGAAGAAGUUAGUUAUCGAUGCAAGGAUGACUUCGAAGGUAAAUCUCAAUGCAGUUUUAACGAAACAUAUACGUGUCCUGAAUGGGUGUAUGAUAACAACGACAGCUUUUUUGCAUAUUUUCAGUUGGCUUGUCAGGAAUGGAAGAGAACUUUGGUUGGAACAAUACACAACGCUGGUUACAUGUGCGGGCUGUGGCUAGUUGGACCAAUGUCUGAUCGAUUAGGAAGAAAAACUGUGGCAAUCGUCACAUCGGUUUUGGGUGCAUUAUUUGGGACUUUGAGAAGUUUCUCAUACUGGUACUGGUUUUAUCUGGUUAUGGAAUUCUUGGAAGCAGCUCUGGGUGACUCUUGUUCGCCCUUUUAUAUUUUGGCGUUGGAGUUGGUAUCACCAAGAAAAAGGAUUCCGUUUUACAUGUAUUGCAGUUUUGGUUACAGUUUUGGAGGAAUUGUUGUGGCGUUUUUAGCAUGGGUGACACCAGAUUGGAGAUGGUUUCUGAGGUCGAUUUACGUACCAUCAUUCUUUUUUAUAUUUUAUACUUUCAUACUAGACGAAAGCCCUCGUUGGCUUUACACUAAAGGUCGUAGAGAUGAAGCUGAAAGGAUUCUAAAAAAUGCUAGCAACAAAAAUAAAAUGGAGAUCGAUAAGCAGGUUCUUGAUAAGCUUUCAUGUGAGGUCAGCCCUAAUGCAAUGUAUUGGAAAGGUCUCCCAUCACUUAUAUUUGGUGUCACAGCUGUGAUCGCCGCUCUGGUCACGUGUUUCGUUCCCGACGUAUCCAAUGAAUCGCUUCCAGACACGGUUGAACAAGCUGAAGGAAUGGGAAAACCUAAGAAGACUAAUAUACAAGGAAGAUAG